ACCCUGGAAAAUUAUUGUUGUUACCAGAACCUGGGAUGUGAAGAUGAUAAGAGAGUGAGAGAGAGAGAGAUGAAGAUGAGGAUGAGAAAUGAUGAGGAUGAACUAAAGGGCUACAAAUGAAGAUGAAAAGAGAGACUUGAAAUUGAAUAAUAAUCAUGAUGAUUAGUGAUCAUUAUCUUAACCAUUUUUACUCUGUGAGUUUAUUACCCAAUAUUAAUUUCAUCCUCUUCCUCAUCCUCCUCCUUCAAUCAUCAUCACCAUUUGGAUUAUCCUUAUACUAAUCUAAUCCAUUGGUGAAAACUGUAAUCUCAACAAAUCAAUUGAUUUAAUUAUCAUCAUUUACCUUUGGCCUUCACUUAUUGUGGUCAUCAGUUAAUUGUGUCAACAUUAUCAGAUAUUAUUGUGCUGUUAUCAAUUUCUUUCAUGUUAAUAUUUAAUCAAUUCAGUGAAUUAUUUAAUUCAUCAAAAUUUACUAUUUCUCGUGUUAAUUUGGUUAAUCAAAUUAACUCAUUUUUUCAACAAUUUAAUUCAAUUGUUUCACCUUUCACUAAAAUGGGAUAAACUGUGAUAUUAAUCCUAUUAAUCUGAUUAGAUUCCUUUCCUUUAAUUUUGUUUUUCUUUUUUCCUUUGAUUAUUAAUUUUCUCGAUAUUAUUGUGUUAAAUUGUUGAUAAUUAACGUUCAACGUUACUUGUUAAUUGUUGUAAUUUAACAUUCUACUCCAUUGAUUUGGUCAAUGGUUUCAGUUUGUAAGCAAAGUCUUGGGACCUUCGGAUGCCAAGCAUUUUCAUUGGAACCAGAAAAGAAACUCAUAUUUGGAUUGAUUAAUAUUCACAAUUAAAUCUCAACUGAUCAGUUGGCUUUACAAUUAGCUAAUUCUGUACAUAAUCAUUCAUCUGCCAAUCACUAAUUAUACAAAUGGUAAUAUCGUUACUUGGUCAACAUAAUCAAUUUUAUCCAUCGCACAUUAAAUUAGAUUAUCUUUGUAUUAGUCGCCAUUUUUGGGUUGGAUUGAAAGAUUGAUUCCUUUUCUUUCUGAUUCGGGAUUAAUCAAUUUGAUCGUACGGAUAGUCUUUCUCAUUUUCCUUCAUUUCUUCACACUGGGCUGUCUAAUUACCAACGGUAGCAUUUACUUAUCAGCUAAUCCAAAUGGCUCGGUCCAAAGUAGCAACCAAAGCUUAUCCCAAGGCUCCCGAUGGUGGAUAUGGAUGGAUUAUCGUCUUUUCAUCCUUCAUGAUCCAUUUCCUUGCUGAUGGAGUUACAUAUACUUUUGGUAUUUUUUAUGUUGAACUGUUGCAACAUUUUAAAGCAGGUAAAGGGAUCACCGCAUGGGUUCCGAGCAUAAUGACUGGAAUUACUUAUGGAAUUGGUCCAAUCGCUAGUGGAUUAACAAACAAAUAUGGCUGCCGUACGAUCACCAUAGUUGGUGCCUUGUUUGCAAGCUUUGGAUUAAUGACCAGUGCAUUCGCACCCAAUGUUACUUAUCUCUUUUUCUCCAUAGGCAUUUGUGCAGGAGCUGGUCUUGGAUUAAUAUAUCUUCCGGCUAUAGUAAGUGUAACAUGUUAUUUUGAGAAAAGACGAGCUUUCGCCACUGGAAUAGCUGUUUGUGGCUCUGGACUUGGCGGUGCUGCUUUUGCCCCACUAACCGAAUGGCUGAUUGGCCUUUAUGGUUGGCGAGGUGGACUCUUGAUCAUUUCAAGUCUUUUACUAAAUUGCUGUGUAUUUGGAGCAUUACUUAGACCUUUAAAAGAAAACGAAUCAAAUGUUGAAGAGGAGACGAUGGUGGAAAACAGUAUUAAUAACAACGUGGAUUCCAGUGUAAAUCAUAAAUCUAUCAAAAUUGAUUUAAAUAUAAAGACCAUUGAUGAGACCAUUAAUGAUGACAAGAAUAAACCAAGAAAUGUCAUCAUUAGUAAAAAGAUUUCUCCUCAAAAUAAUGAUUUUCACAUGGGAAAUACUGUUAAUGGUGAUAUUAUGAUAACUAAAUCAUGUUACAGUGAUAAUAACAAUAAUGAUCAAUCGAUUGUUGCAACUUUACCAAGCCUUACCUUAGAAAGCAACAACAACAACAACAACAGUUUAUCUAAUGGUCAAGCAAAAGAAAUACCAAUGUUGACCAUCUCUGAACCAUUAAGUCCAUCUCGUCAUUCCAUAUGUGCCUUACAUCCUCCGUUAGCUGAUCAAUUUCAACCUUCAAUGGAUCAAAAAAGUGAACCUUUAAUUGUUAACAAUAAUCUAAUCAACGGUUCGAUUAUUGGAAAUGGAAACAAAAAUGGUUUCGGUUAUCAAAUUCAACACAAUUUACGAUUAAACAACAACAUCAACUCGAAUAGUUUCGUUACGAACAACCAACUAAUCUCAAGUCAACCUGACGAACAAGCAACAAUCGAUCAAUCUAAUGUUAUCCAACGACGGAAAAACUCAGCAUCCGGUUCAUGUGGUAUUCUUUAUCGACGAGAUAUAUUUUAUUCUGCAUCAACGAUGCAUCUUAAUCUUCCAACAAACACCAAAUCGAAUAAAAAAUUAUCAUAUUCAGCAUCAACUUCCGCCGUUAACGAUUUAAGUACAUCAUCCAUUGCCUCUGAAUCCAGUACAAGUCCCGAUGUAGGAACAACAUCCGGUCAACCGGUGGUCAACAGUAAUAAAAGUAACAGUAUACAGAAUCACAGAUUGAUGAUAAAUUUAGAUAUAAAUUCAUCUUCACUCUCCCUUUCAUCAUCAUCCUCAUCUUCUUCACCAUCUUCAUCAACUACCGUUACAACGGCAUCAUCAUCACUUUCCUCUUCCUCAUCUUCACUUACCAAUGUCUCUAAAUUUAGAUGGUACUUUAUGUCUGAUUGGUUAACUUUUCUCUGUUCAGAUGAAGUUCGUGAUACUCUUGAUGAGAUGAUGAAUUUCCGUCUCCUUCGUAAUCCAAUCUUCUUAAUCUUCUCAAUCUCAAACCUUUUAACCUCAUUGGGUUUCUAUGUUCCCCAUAUUUAUAUCAAAGAUCGUGUAGUUGGCCGUAAAUUAGCCUCCGAUUCUGAGGCAUCCAAUUUACUUGCCAUCAUGGGAAUAGCGUCAACUUUUGGUCGGCUAAUUUUUGGCUUUAUCUCAGAUUUAAAAGUAAUCAAUCGAUUACUAUUAUUUAAUUGUUGUAUUUCUCUGUGUGGCCUUUCAACAAUCCUUAGCUCGUUUGUCCAAACGUACACCUUUAUGGCCUUAUAUUGUGCUAUCUUCGGGAUCACUUGUGGAGCCUAUGUUAGCUUAACCUCAGUUAUAUUGGUUGACCUUUUGGGUAUCGAAAAGCUUACAAAUGCCUUUGGUUUGGUUUUACUUUUUCAAGGAGUCGCUUGUCUACUUGGACCUCCAAUCGUUGGUUGGAUGUUUGAUUUAACAGGAUCUUAUGAUCCAGGAUUCUCAUGGGCUGGAUCGAUGAUCUUAAUUGGUGGCCUAAUCCUUUUCCUCCUUCCUUACCUGACCCAUGGUCGAUUUAAAUUGUCCCUUCACAACACCAACAAACGUAAAUCACCAAAAAUUACCGUUGAUGAUAUUAAUCUAGUCGUUAAUUGAAAAAUCAAGCCCACCAAAUCAAAGAUACUCAAUGAUUAUUAUUAUUAUCAUAUUAAUAUUAUUACUAAUAUCUGAAUCUCACAAUUAGUAUUGAUUAUCAAGGGGAAAUAAUCACAAAAUGCAAGCAAACAUUUCCUUCAAAUUAUUAUCAAUAUUUUAUUUUAUCUAAAUCACUAAUAACCCAUAACAACACAAACUAAUUGUUUAACAAUUAACAUACAUACAUAUAUAUAUUAUAUUUAAUGAAAACAACAACAACAAUUAACACAAACUUAAUGUUAUCAGAUGUAAAUUGUGUUUUGCAAACCAAACUAUUGUGUAAAAUAAUAUUUGAUUGUUAAAAUCCCUUGUUAAUUACUGUUACUCAAAUGAUGAAAAAAUAAAUAAAUUGUUUCACCAUAAAGUUAA